AGUAAUAAAACAUUUUAAUUAUGAAAAUAGUUUUUUCGAUUAAGUACUGUUUUGAAAUAAUUAUGUUCGGUAUUCAAAAUACCCUAGCGUUGUAAUCAGUUUGUUUAAUACUUUGAUGAUGAUAAAUACGGACGUUAUUAUGUUUUAUUUAAAGAUAAUACUAUAUUGCACAAUAAGCAUUAAACAGCAUUCGUUACCAACUGAUUUUUAAUUUAUUGUUCAGGAACAAUUGUUUGAAGUAACUUUGUUGAAGAUUUAGAGAUUUAUUCGGUGAAAAAUGUAUGGAAAUAUUUAUAAAUUAUGUUGUAAUACAAAAGUGAAAUUUGUGUCAAGUUCUCGAAUCAAUUUUCAAAGACAGUAUCACAGCGAUAACGUUUUCGGAUUCAACAGGAAAACUGAGAAACGGUUUCAAGUAUCUAAAGAAAUACAGAAUAUACGGUGUAAAGAAAGCAAUUUUUACCGAUUAGUCUCUGCAUACAGACAACAUGGACACAAAUAUUCGCAGGUUAAUCCUGUUGCACUUCAAAAACCUUGCGGAACAUUUCCAGAAUUAGAAAUAAACAGAUACGGUUUUCGAGAUGAUGAUUUAGUUCAGUUCAAAGGUAUUAUAAAUAGUCCUCAACAUGAAGGAACCGUAAAGGAGGCAGUGACAUUUUUAAACAAUGUUUAUUGCAACACUAUUGCGGCCGAGUAUGUUUAUUUAGAGAAUGAAGAAGAAAUCGAAUGGCUGAAUGGACAAUUAGAACAAUUACCUCAAACAAACUUAGAUGCCACAGAAAAAAUAUCUAUCGCUUGCAAACUUCUUAAAUCACAGAAUUUCGAUUAUUUUAUGGCAAAAAAAUUCGCCAGCGUUAAAAGAUAUGGUGGAGAAGGUGCAGAAAGUCUUAUGGUUUUUUUUGCUGAACUGUUGAAACUUUCUGCUCGAGACAGUAUGGAACAGAUAGUACUAGCGAUGAAUCAUAGAGGACGUUUGAAUCUCCUUACUGGAUUGUUGAAUCAUCCGCCUGUUGAGUUGUUUAGCAAGCUCAAGGGAAAUCCGCAUUUUCCUUCUCAUUAUAAAGCUACCGGAGACGUAAUAAGCCAUUCUAUUUCUUCAACUGAUAUUAUCUAUGACAAUAACUCAGUACAUGUAACCAUGGUUUACAACCCUUCGCAUUUGGAGGCACAAAACUCUGUUUCAAUGGGCAAAACUAGAGCGAAGCAGAUGAUGUCCAAAGAUGGAGAUUAUGGUAAUCUAAGAUGGUCUCAAAAAGUUUUGAAUGUACAGGUACAUGGUGACGCAGCAAUAAGUGCCCAAGGAAUUAACCAGGAAUGUCUAGGUUUGUCACAUACACCUCAUUUCGAAAUAGGAGGCGGUAUACAUCUGAUCGUUAAUAACCAAGUGGGAUUUACUACACCAGCUGAAAGAGGAAGAUCUUCACGAUAUUGUACUGAUAUUGCGAAAAUAAUUUCAGCUCCAGUGAUUCACGUCAAUGGAGAUCAUCCCGAGGAUGUACUUAAGGUAACGCGUUUAGCUUUUCAAUACCAAAGAAAAUUUCGUAAGGAGAUAUUCAUUGAUUUAAACUGUUAUAGACAACGAGGUCACAAUGAAUUAGAUGAUCCCAGUUUAACUAAUCCAGCACUAUACAGUAUUAUAAGAAAUAAACAGACCGUUCCAGAUUCAUACGCUCGAAUGCUACUAGAAAAUAAUAUUGUAACAGAAGAGGAACUGAAAGACGUUUUGGAAAAGCACGAAACUUGGUUAAACGAAGAAUUAAAAGCAGCUGAUAAUUAUAAACCUAUGGAUACAUUUUUUAAGAAAAAUUGGGAAGGUAUGACCCAACCUAAAGAAGUUAUAGCUACCUGGGAUACAGGAAUAGAUACAGAUUUAAUGACACUUGUUGGGAAUAAAUCAGUAGAAUUUCCUGAAACUUUUUCAAUCCAUCCAACUUUACUCAAAACUCACGUUAAAAACAGAAAAAAUAAGAUAACAGAGGGAAUCAAUAUCGAUUGGGCAAGUGCAGAAACUUUAGCUCUAGGAUCUCUAUUAUUUGAAGGUUAUAACGUGAGAAUCAGUGGGCAAGAUGUAGGUCGAGGUACUUUCUCUCACCGACAUGUAAUGUUGGUUGAUCAGAACCAUAACAAUAUACAUAUUCCUCUUAAUAAUAUCCAUCCAAAUCAAAAGGGAUUUCUAGAAGUCGCUAAUAGUAUUUUAUCAGAAGAGGCGGUGUUAGGAUUUGAAUAUGGUAUGAGUAUAGAAGAUCCCAGAAACUUGAUUAUUUGGGAGGCACAAUUUGGAGAUUUCUUUAAUGGAGCUCAAAUUAUUUUCGAUACUUUCAUAGGUUCCUCUGAAGCCAAAUGGUUAUGGCAAAGUGGAUUAACAGUACUUCUGCCUCAUGGAUAUGAUGGAGCCGGACCAGAACAUAGUUCCUGUAGACUAGAAAGGUUCUUACAAAUGACAGAUUCAAAUGAAAACAAAGUUGACGGCGAUAACAUCAAUAUGCAAGUUUGUCAAGCCAGUACUCCGGCACAAUACUUUCAUCUUUUGAGGCGACAGAUGGUACGGAAUUAUCGGAAACCUUUAAUAAUUGCUACACCGAAAAUCCUUCUUAGACACCCCGCUUGUGUCUCUGAUUUCGUCGAUAUGAUUCCAGGAACAUUUUUCAAGACUGUUAUAGGAGAUACGACUGUUGAUCCAUCCAAAGUAAGAAAAAUUCUAAUAACUUCUGGAAAACAUUAUUAUUCUCUAUUGGAAAAACGAGGAUCUCUGGGCAUUAAGGACACUGCAAUAAUAACAAUAGAAUCUCUAUGUCCAUUUCCAGCUUUAGAAUUGAGAGAAGAAAUUACAAAGUAUCCCAAAGCUCGAGUCAUGGUAUGGUCUCAAGAAGAACCUCAAAAUAUGGGUGCUUGGAGUUUCGUGAAACCACGUUUCGAAAACUUAAUUGGAAUGAAAUUGAUUUACACUGGCAGAGACGUCUUACCAACACCAGCUGUUGGAAUAGGAAAAUUGCAUCAGGAACAAGCUGAAAGUGUUAUUAAUAGACCGUUUUUGAUCUGAAAUAUAUUUAUUAGUUUUUAAUAAAAUUUUAAAUCAG